GGGAGCGAGGGAGGGUGAGUAACUGAAUGCAGUUUGCAGUCGUGUGCCGUGCCAUCGCGGCAAAGUGCAAUCGCAGGGAACGGAGAGAAGAAGAAAAAAAACCGAAGCAACAGACGAACGAGGAGAACGUAACGCCUGUCUGUGUUUUCAUGAAGCGCGCUGCCUCUAGAUCCUCAUCAUCUUAUCUUUGCAUCAGACCAACGGCAGGAAUCCCAGAGGGAGAAGGGGAGAUAACAGGAACCUGUUUCUUUUAAACAGCGGAGCUCUAACCUGAGGAGCUCCCUGGUGGGAGCCAGCCUGCGUCAGGACCCGGGCUCUCCGGGGAUCGCGUUGAUACAGACUAACACUCGGUGGGACAGCAUCUGUGUUCCUGAGGUGUGUUUUCCUCCACCACCAGUAAGUCCCUGUUCUCAGAAUGGGAUCCAGCGCACCCCAGCUAGCAUCCAGCUUCUCUCCCCCGACCCCCCUGCUCCCUCCAGGCCCCCCCAGCCCUCAUCCCACCUGGACCCCAACCACCACAACCCACGUCGGCACAGCCACAUUCUGAUUCCAAAACCGAAGGGAUCGGCAGAAAACGAGAUUUGGGAUUCUGUGCAACUGUUCGUCGAGUUGCUACAGGCGUGUUCGGGGGUACAAGCGUGGUUGAUUGUCAAUUUCACCGCACUUGUUGAUCUCGCCUGCGUGACUUAAAGCUUUUGGGACACAUCGUACUGGAAUGACAAACCAAACUCUUCUCCCUUCGGACAGCAACAUGGGGAUUGCAGAAACAACGGGAUUUAUCAACUGGAUAUCCUGCGGAGAUUACGAGACUUUCUGUGUUCACUUCAAAGUUGGACCGCUUUUCCACAUCAGUUUGUGGGCAAAAGCGAAUAAUUGAAACUCCAUCCCGUUGGGAAGCUUCUCUUCUGAUUUGUUUGGGGGGGCUUAUUUUUUUAAGAAGCAAUUUUCAAAGCCUCGCUCUUUUUUUUUGUGUGUCUCCUCUUUUUCAACUUUUUCAUCCAGAGAGCAGGAAUACAUUAUGAAUCGGCUCCAUUCUUUCUGAUCCUCCCCCGGUGACGGAGAGAGUGGAGGGACAAACUGUCCGGAAUAGAUAAGGAAGGAGGAGAGACAGAUUGAGAAAAAAGGAGAAGAGAGAAGACGACAGGGAAACAGGUAGAGAGAGGGAGGGGAGGAGUGAGGAGAGAGAGAGAGUGAGGGGAGAGCAAGAGAGAGAGAGAGAAUUAACUAGGAUUGUCAAAAAUCCUCCUGGAGACUUGCUGCCUCGGUCUAAUUCAUCUCUCCCUGUGCCCAGGUGCAGGUUGGUUGGGCGAGAUGGGUUGGGGCGGGGGCAGGAUUCAGAGGGAGGGAGGCAGCUGAGUUCCAGAGGAUCCGCUUCCCCCGGGCACAUCCCAGGGCUGGAACAAACAGAUUUGGAUAGUCGGUUAGACAGACGGACAAGGCAGCUAGACAACAAGACGGACACAUGGGCAGGGAGGCAGCGAGGCAGGUUGAUAGUCAGUGAGCCAGAGGGGGGAAAAAAACGGCAGCACAGACUCCGAUCCAGAAACACAGACGUCAUUAUCAUUUUAGUCUGUGUGGAAGUGAGUGAGAGGGAAAGGGAGAGAGAGAGAGAACGAUAAAGAGAGAGAGAGAGGAGUGAAUGUCCCUUUUUUCACAGCUCCUGGAGGAAGUCAGCCUUGUUGCAAUUAGGACCAUCUGACUGCAUCUCCUCCGCCGGCUUCGCGGCAAGCCCUGACACAAACAGACAGCGAGGGGUUUUACUGGAGAGGAGGUAUAGGUUCACAGUAUCACAGAGAGGAAGAGAGAGGGAGACAAACAGGCGGAGAGAGAGCAGGUGUCGGAAACCCUCCCCUUCAUCUGCUUGUCAUUUCCCCCGUUCUGUUUUUCAACCCUUGUGUUGAGCCGAGCAAUUGGAUUUCGACACUGGCGUUUGGAGACACGGAGGCCUCGCAAACCGGAAGGAACCAAAACACACAAAGGAGGAGGGUAGGAGAGAGAGCAAGGGAAGGAGAGGGAGGCCCCCUUUUUUAAACAGAAACAGAAAAAUCUUCCUCCCCCUUUUUUCUCAUUUGAACAAGAAGGUCCUACAUCUACUGAGAACACGAGAUAAAAGGCGAAGGAGGAAGGAGAAGAACCUUUAUUUUUCCUCCCUUUCUUUUCUCCAGAGGAAUACUGUGGUCAGACAAUUCUUGUCCAACUCAAGAGUGUUGGAGUCCAAACAUUGGAACCUCCUCCGGUAUUUUUUGGUCUCACCCUUCCAAAUCACUCACCUCUGAGACAAUCCAUAACCUUCAGAUCCCCUUAACCGCACCCCAACACAGCUCUCUGAAGUGGCACCACCUUACCACGCCUUCCACCACCCAGUAUCCACUACCCCCCCCCCCCCCCUCCUCCCCACACACCCCUCACGUAUGCCCCCACCAGUGGAUUCAAUCUUUAUGCCUGUGGAGGGCAUCUCUGAUCACCUUCCACACCGCUAUAUGGACGCCAGCUUCUGACACAGUCUGGUUUAUUCUGUGGCGGUACAGGCACCCGGCAGAUCGUUCUCCAUGAGGAGCAGUAGAAGAUGCAGGCUCUGCCAGCACUGCUGCUGUCGAUACACUUCUCCUCCCUCCUGCUAGUUUCCAUGGCGCCACGCUCCUACAGCCAGGCUCCCCUGCUCUCCUCCGUCCGGAUGGCGGCCAUCUUGGAUGACCAGUCCGUGUGUGGUCGCGGCGAGCGCCUGGCGCUGGCCCUGGCCCGGGAGAACAUCAACAGUGUGAUGGAGGGGCCGUCACGCUCGCGGGUGGAGGUCGACAUCUACGAGCUCCAGAGAGACUCCCAGUACGAGACCACCGACACCAUGUGCCAGAUUCUACCCAAAGGUGUCGUGUCAGUGAUAGGGCCAGCCUCCAGCCCCGCCUCUGGGUCUACUGUCAGUCAUAUAUGUGGGGAGAAGGAGAUCCCUCAUGUGAAGAUCGGCCCAGAGGAGACUCCGCGGUUGCCAUACCUGCGCUUCGCCUCAGUCACUCUGUACCCUAGCAACGAGGACCUGAGCCUGGCCAUAGGAGCCAUCUUGCGCUCCUUCAGCUAUCCUUCAGCCAGCCUGGUCUGUGCCAAGGCGGAGUGCCUGCUGCGAUUGGAGGAGCUGGUGCGGCGCUUCCUGAUCUCCAGGGAGACGUUGUCGAUCAGGAUGCUGGACGACAGCCUAGACCCCACCCCCCUGCUGAAGGAGAUCCGCGACGACAAAGUGGCAACCAUCAUCAUCGACGCCAACGCCUCCGUGUCUUACCUCAUCCUUAAGAAGGCGUCAGAGCUGGGGAUGACAUCAGCGUUUUAUAAGUACAUCCUCACCACCAUGGUAAGACUUCCUCUGCUCAGACUAGAUGACAUUGUGGACGAGCUCAACAUCCUAGGCUUCUCCAUGUUCAACACCACCCACCCUUUCUACCUGGAGUUCAUCAGGAGUCUCAACCUCUCCUGGAGGGAGGGUUGUGACGUCAGCCCCUACCCUGGACCUGCUCUGUCGUCGGCGCUGAUGUUCGACGCGGUGCACGUGGUGGUGGGCGCGGUGCGGGAGCUGAACCGCAGCCAGGAGAUCGGGGUGAAGCCUCUGAGUUGUACCUCUCCACAGAUCUGGCAGCACGGGACCAGUCUCAUGAACUACCUGCGCAUGUUCCUCUCAUCGACAACCUGUCAUCCAGAGCUCCAUCCUUCAUUGUCUCUCUCACACAGGUCUGGCAUCUGUCUUUGUUAUCCAACC